UCAAGUUGAAGUAAAAAUGUUAGAAUAUAGUACGAUGAUGACAAAAAGUUGAACAAACUAUAGUUGAACCUUUGAGACUAUGCAUCAGGAAAAUGCUUAUCCCACUGCGGUGUUCUGUAUUAUAGCAACAGAAUUUUGCGAGAGAUUCUCAUUCUGCGGAUUAAGAACAAUCUUAUCGUUGUAUCUGAGAAACAUCCUGCUUUUCUCCGAGAAUGCAUCAACAGUUAUCUACCACAUUUUCAUCAUGAUCUGCUACAUCGUUCCUGUGGUAGGGGCUAUCUGUGCAGACAUGUAUUUUGGAAGAUACAGUACAAUAAGGAAUUUCGCUAUAAUCUACUUGCUGGGGAAUUUUCUGAUGUGCAUAGCGGCAGUACCAACAAUAGACAUCUCUCCAAUGUCUUUCUCAGCCAUCGGUCUCCUAUUGAUAGCCAUAGGUUCGGGAGGCAUAAAGCCGUGUGUGGCUGCUUUUGGGGCAGAACAGUUCAGCUUACCAGCCCAAAAAGACCUCUUGAUGCACUUCUUCUCCAUAUUCUAUUUCACCAUCAAUCUUGGAGGGUUCGUAGGAAUGACCAUGACGCCUAUAAUGAAGAAGGCAGUCUCUUGCUUCGGAGACGAUAGUUGUUACGCCUUGGGCUUCGGAUUUCCGGCAGUCUUGAUGAUGCUAUCCAUAUUUGGGAAAGUGCAAAGGAAAAAAAGAACGGAUCAUUGGUUGGACCAUGCCAAUGGAAAAUUCAAUCCCCAGUUGAUACAAGACAUGAAAAUCGUAUCUGCAAUAUUGCUUUUGUACACUCCAUUGCCAAUAUUUUGGUCACUGUUCGAUCAGCAAGGUUCCAGAUGGACGUUUCAGGCUUCUCACAUGGAUGGAAACAUCAUGGGCACCCAAAUUACGCCUGACCAGAUGCAAGUAGUUAAUCCUGCAAUGGUGUUGAUCAUAAUCCCACUGUUCGACAAGAUUUACCCUUGCUUCUCCAAAUUCAACAUUCUGGAAAACUCCUUGCACCGCAUGGCUUUGGGAGGGAUCAUAGCAGGCACUGCAUUCUUAGCUGCGGGAGUUUUAGAACUUACGCUAGAAAAGACCUACCCAGACCUUCCCAGCAAGCAUCGAGCCGCUGUCAACUUGAUCAAUACGUUGCCAUGCAGCCUGAAAAUAUCGUGUCCACUCUAUGGUGUCCAGGUUAUCAAUGCCAGUGAAAUUUUCAGGUUCAAGGACAUGGUUUGUCAGAAUUACUCCAUGUACAAGAUGGUGGUCGAAGCUCCAGCCAAAUGUGGGGAUUUGCAUUUCAACAAGAACAAGUUGGAGCUCGAUAUUGUAUCUAUCGAAUAUCAGAUUGAAUCUGUUCUAAUUGGAAUAAACCAAGAUCACGAUGUAGCUGCUUUUAUUACUGAUCCAGUAGAUUUCAAGAAAUCCCUUAGCGGUACAGCUCGAAUCAGGAUAGAUUAUAUGAAAUCGUCUCAAUCUCAUCAUAACGUUACUGUAACUUUAAAACGUCCCAACGGUCUACAAGACGUUUAUUUUGUGCAUGAUUCGAAUAAGUCUACUUUGGCGGUAUCGGCUUAUAUGGAACUAGCUCAGGGAGUGUAUGAAUGUGUGAUCAGAAGUAGUGAAGUGCAAAUUUUGUUCGAGAAACAUUUCCAUUUCGAGCUUGGAGGAGUUUAUUCCCUGGUCGUGAGAGAAAACAACGAAGGGAUCUCAUUUGUGAAAUUGUACACGAUGUCGAUGCCAAACACCAUCAAUAUUUUAUGGCAAGUUCCUCAAUAUUUCCUGAUUUCCUUAGCUGAAAUCAUGUUUGGAGUUGCUGGGUUGGAGUUUUCCUUCACACAAGCUCCUAGAAGUAUGAAAACUGUAACAAUUGCUGGUUGGUAUCUAUCAGUAGCGUUCGGAAACUUACUAGUCAUCAUAAUCACUCAGCUGAAUAUGUUCAGAAGCCAGGCACAUGAAUUUUUCCUGUUUGCAAUUCUCAUUGUCGCAGAUAUGAUGAUUUUUAUGGAAAUGGCGUCGAACUACAAAUUUGUUCAAAUUGUCGAUAGUUCCACUGCAACUUCAGUUGGAUUUUUGAGUGAAGAACUGUUCUCAAUAAUGGACACAGAAGAAGACACAGAAAGUUGA